UAUGCGAGUCCCACUCCCACCCACAUGCACUCUGAGCUCCUACAAAUACAUCCGAGCUCCUCAGUUUCAUUUAGGCUUAUCGAUCAUCGAUUGCCUCUUCUCAAACUACCCCAUCAAUAUAUCGCACCCUUGCUCAUUCAAACAAAAGAAGUAUUGUUCCUUUCACUUGUGAAGAUGUCUAGCGUAGCUUGUGAAAGGAACUUACCGCUAAAAAUUGAAGAGGAGAAGCAAGGGAUAGUCUCCGUGCUUGGAUCCUACUCUCAGGUACCGAAACCACCUGCUUCUGCUGCUGCCUCCUUUCGGAGAACUCUUUCUGCAGACAUGUCUUCGAAGAAAUGGUUAGCUGAAAAUGGCUUCAACAAACCUCCGGCAAUGAAAAGGAACUCCUCCUCUGCACAGCUUUCGUUUAUUUCAGCUAUUGAUCAUCGGUCUUCUUCAUCUGAGGAAGAAGAGGAAGAACUUGAUUGUAAAAAAUAUGAAAGAAUUCCUAAACAAGAUUUGUGGAGUUCUAUUGUAUCACAGAAAAAGACGGAGGAGCUCCCACCUCCUUAUGUUCAUCAUCUUCUGAAGAAAUCUUCGAGCUCCCUGUCUUUGGAAAGUCUUGAGAUAUGCACUGAAGGUCUUGGAUCAGAAACCGGCUCUGACAAGGUCACCUUAGACACUGGCUCUGACAAGGCUGAAGAAUCAUUAGAACCACUGGCACAGCAAGAGAGUGAAAUAUCACAGAACUCAUACCUGGAAGAAACAACAGAAGUUGUCAAGUACAAUUAUCCAGCAAUUUCUAACAAGAAGCUGCAGCCUAAAUCUUUCCCACCUCCCAUCCCUUCACUUGCAGGUGGUACUGAGGGAGCAUCUGUUCAGAUGCAUUCUCAGCGUCAGAAUGGUCGAUUGGUCCUUAAAGCUGUUUCAAGUCCUUCAACCAAGAAACUCAAAUCACACCGCCAAGAUGGCCGCCUUCUCCUCACAUUUAUUCAGCCUCCUAAAGGUCAACAGCAUGUUCAACAACCUGACAGUGAAAAAGCAGUCUUAUUUGAUGAAGAGGAGUACAUGAUAGAAGACAACCUUCAGAAGCUGUUGAACUCGCAGGAUGCAGAUGAUAUCAAGGGACAUGAUUACGAAAUAACUAAUGAUAAUGAAGAAGGAAUUAAUGAAUUACGGGACAAUGUCACUAAACAAGAAGUUCCUAAACUUGCAAGGGGGGUGAUAAACAUUCACAGGUCAGCUUUGAUGAUGAAGAAAAUGAUGGGAAUGGAAAACCAGAACCCAACAUGGUCUCAAAAAUUCCACAAUGCAGCAGUCGAAACUGAAACAGAGAAUGAAGAAGAAAAAGGCACAAAAUUACCACAAUCUCUCCCACCACUACCUCGCACAACAAGGUCCAUGCCUACCACACCACCACCGGCAGCCUCCUUCAAUGCUUACGAGUAUUUCUGGAGGAUCAAACCUGCAGCUUCAGGCCUCAAGAACCCCUAUACCCAUUGUUCAACCCUAAAAAAGAACACUUUCAACAACACUCCUGCUCCCAGUAAGCCAAAACCAUACGAGCAACAAGAAUUGCCUGCAUUGAGGACCUGUAGGAAAGCAAGGAGGUCUCUUCUAAGCUGGGAUGGAUAUUGCAUCGCGACAACCUAAACUAACUGUUGAUCCCAUCUAUUUUUACUAUUCGAUCCCUACCCAAUAUAGCCACCUUCACUAGUAAAGUAAAAAGACGAAGGUUGUGAAGCUUAAAUAAAUAUCCAAUGAUCAAGGAUAUGUACUACAAUUCUGCUCAGAACGUUCAAGAAACUAAUAGAGUUACCCAGUCUAUAAUAACAGUAAUUUUUCAUGGUUAACAAAGAGAAAUCUUCACGCCA